AUGCUGCGAAAGCCGCUCGUUUGAUUGACAGGGAACAUGUCGGUGCGGAGGGAGAGCGCCGGGAUGCGGCUGAUGGCUCGGGAGACGGGGAGUACGUACACCCAAUGUACACGCCACCUUUAAAAAAAGAAACAAAAACAAAAAAGAAAGAAAGAAACAAAAACGGUUACGUUUGCCGUUUAGUGUUUAUUCAUUGUGCAGUGAUGUGUUAAACAUUUUUUUAUUAUUUUAUUUAUCUUGACUCUGAGCCACGCAAUGGAUCCAGGAGAGGCGAGCGCUGUGGUCAAAUUUUAUUUCUCUCGAAAUUGUGUAUCUUGCUGUUAGCUCAGCUCUCAGCUUCAGUACCACUACCUGAACUACCCUUAUGAAAACACUUCGUCAGGGAAUACAAAAAGGACGUUUACAAUGAAGUCGCCUUCCAAAUAGGGGGAAAAAAAACCUUUUUUAAAACACAUUUAAAUAAUUGAUAAAUCCAGCUACUUUGCGUUUACCAACUUGUUUCCAUCUGAUCGGCGAUUCAUUUGAACGAUACUUUAGGAUCAAAUUCGGGAAAGUGAGAUACAAACGACCACUGCUCGCAAACUAUGGACGAGGAGAAUAUGACAAAAAGCGAGGAGCAGCAUCUGAGUUUGCAAAAAGCGCUGGAGCAGUGUGAGCUGGUGCAAAAUAUGAUAGACAUUAGCAUAUCCAGUUUGGAAGGUUUAAGGACCAAAUGUGCCACAUCCAACGACUUGACACAAAAGGAAAUACGAACACUGGAGGGCAAACUGGUGAAGUACUUUAGCCGUCAGCUGUCUUUCAAACGGCAGGUGGCGCUGCGGGAUCGCAGUGCUGAGCUGGACGGCUUCCCUCACCUGGCCCACUGGUUCCGCAUUGUUGACAUGAGGAAGGAGGUGAUCGAGGAGAUCAGCCCAUGCCAGCUUACCUUGGAGGCGCUGCUGGACAUGAGUGAGGAGCAGGUGUGUGAGACUGUGCAGAAGCUGGGCGCCAGCCCCGAGGAGUGCGCGCGCCUCAACGCCUCGCUGUCCUGCUUGCGCAGCGUCCACCAAUCAGAACAACUGGAAGAUGACAAGCUGCACGAUAAUGGAGAAAGUGGCCCGGCCAAGCAAGACUGGGCGAUCCAGUGGCCCGCGUCCGAAUCGGGGAAGGAGAACACGCCCGCUUGCCCGCAGGAGCCCAGCCAGUGGAUGCGUUUCCAGCUCUCCCAGAGCCCCAAGGUCCAGUCCAAAUACAGCCAGCCGUUCAGCCCCAGCCCGCAGACCCUGGCUCCCUCCUACAGCCACGUGGACCGGCUGACGGUGGAGGCACAUGCGGCUCUCUUCCCCGUGCUGGACACCGGCCAUCGCUCUCUGCCUCCCUCGCCGCGCCAGCGACACUUCCCCCACACGCCCCCGAGGACGCCCCUGGUGGUGCACACCAUGACACCCCCCGGUACGCCGCCUGCGAGGAGGAGAAACAAGGGCAAGGCCCCCGGCACGCCCCCGCCCUCCACUCGCAAGCUCAUCCACCUCCUGCCCGGCUUCACCGCGCUGCACCGCAGCAAGUCGCAUGAGUUCCAGCUGGGCAACCGCAUGGAAGAUGUCCAGACGCCAAAAGCAAAGAAGAAGAACAAGCCCUUGAACCUGAAGAUUCAGAGCACAGUGGGGAGCUGCGAGAACAUCCCCUCGCAGCGCUCGCCCCUCCACACCGAGCGCACGCUUCGCUCCUUCUUCUUCCCCUCCUUCCUCCCGUCUACUCCUCCCGUUCACAGUGACACCACUUUCUCUGCAAACACCCUCUCAGUGCCUCGUUGGUCCCCUCAGAUCCCCCGUCGAGAUCUGGGAAACUCGAUAAAACACAGAUUUUCAACCAAGUACUGGAUGUCUCAAACAUGCAUAGUGUGUGGAAAAGGAAUGUUGUUUGGACUUAAGUGUAAAAACUGCAAGUUGAAGUGCCACAACAAGUGCACCAAAGAAGCACCGCCUUGUCACUUACUGAUCAUCCACCGUGGAGAUCACCAAGGAACGACCCAAGCUCGCUUGGUCAGGACUGAGUCUGUACCGUGCGAUAUCAACAACCCCCUCAGGUACACCGAUUUGCACAUCAGUCAGACGCUCCCCAAGACCAAUAAGAUCAACAAGGAUCAUAUUCCCGUUCCUUACCAGCCAGACUCCAGCAGUAACCCCUCAUCUACGACUUCCUCCACGCCCUCGUCCCCAGCUCCACCUCUUCCUCCCAGUGCCACGCCCCCCUCACCCUUACACCCGUCCCCCCAGUGCACAAGGCAACAGAAACAGUUUAACUUGACAGCCUCUCAUUAUUUCAAAUAUAAGCAGCAAUUCAUCUUUCCAGACGUCACACCCGAGGUGCCAAACCGAGCUCCACAAGUCGUCCUGCAUCCCGUUCUCUCCGAACCAGGUAAUGAAGGAAACCCCCUCCUGAAAAUUGAAGUGGAACUUACGUCCGAGAACGAGGAGGGAAACGACGAGGCAGAGGUCUCGGAGGAUGAGUUUGAGGAGAUGAACCUCUCACUCCUGUCGGCACGAAACUUCCCUCGCAAGGCCAGCCAGACCAGCAUCUUCCUGCAGGAGUGGGACAUCCCGUUCGAGCAGCUAGAGGUUGGCGAGCUCAUCGGAAAGGGCCGCUUCGGCCAGGUGUUUCACGGCCGCUGGCACGGCGAGGUGGCCAUCCGGCUCAUCGACAUCGAGCGCGACAACGAGGACCAGCUGAAGGCCUUCAAGCGGGAGGUGAUGGCGUACCGCAACACGCGGCACGAGAAUGUGGUGCUGUUCAUGGGUGCCUGCAUGAGCCCCCCGCACCUAGCCAUCAUCACCAGCUUAUGUAAAGGAAGGACACUUUACUCCGUAGUAAGGGAUGCAAAGGUGGUACUUGAUGUCAAUAAAACCCGACAGAUUGCGCAAGAAAUGGUGAAGGGGAUGGGAUACCUCCAUGCCAAAGGGAUUCUACACAAGGACAUGAAGUCUAAGAACGUUUUCUACGACAACGGCAAAGUUGUCAUAACUGACUUCGGCCUCUUCACCAUUUCGGGAGUGCUCCAAGCCGGCAGCAGGCGGGAGGACAAACUGCGGAUUCCCAGCGGGUGGCUGUGUCACCUGGCCCCCGAAAUUAUCCGCCAGCUCUCACCUGAUACAGAGGAGGACAAGCUCCCUUUCUCCAAGCAGUCUGACGUGUUUGCCUUCGGCACGAUCUGGUAUGAACUGCACGCACGUGAGUGGCCUUUCAAGAACCAGCCAGCAGAGGCCAUCAUAUGGCAAAUGGGCAGUGGGAUGAAGCCCAAUCUUAGCCAGAUUGGCAUGGGCAAGGAGAUCUCGGAUAUUCUGCUUUUUUGCUGGGCUUUCAAGCAAGAGGAGAGACCAAGCUUCUCUAAACUGGUGGAUCUGCUGGAAAAAUUGCCAAAACGGAACCGUCGUCUUUCCCAUCCGGGGCACUUCUGGAAGUCAGCUGAGUAUGUCAAAUGAGUUAAGAACAAAUCAAAAGAGAACCAGACAAAAAACCCAUCCUCCCCCCUUUUGAGUGCACUGAGAAAUGCCAGCCAUAGCUCAAACUGUCUUGACUGUGACCCCCCCCCACCCCCACAGAUUGUCUGUGUACUUAGUGUGUAACUUAUUAAUAGUUCCAAAAGACUCCUUGACAUUGUCAGAACUCAUUUAUUUUUUGCUGUUUGCAGCAUUGAUUUAAUUCCAUUAUUUAACUGACCAGUUUCCUUCUUACAUUGUCUUCUUGGUUUAUCUAUUGUUUGCCUAUUUAUUUAUUUAUUUGUUUGUUUAUUCUUUAAUGUUAUAACAAUGAUGACUUUUUGUGUCAUGAAUCACGUCAUAAUGUAUUUUACUGCAUUUUUAUGAACAAAAUGCACAGCUGAGUGUGUUUUCCCCCUUUUUGUUUUGAUUUUGUACGAAAAUGUAGUUUUUAGCGUUAAAGUCAUUGUUUUACAACAAUGUACAAUGUACUUCUGUCUCAAGUUGCCAUUUCUCCUGUUUUCCUGUGCCUCUCUUUUGCCACGCCGUUGCCAUGCACCCAUCUGUGAAUGUUUGUUCGUCUUGUGUGCGUUAAAAUCAAACCGCAUUACCCCUGCGAGGAGAUGCCCAGAGAUUCAACCCUCUGUUCUCUGUCUGAAGAAAUCUACUCUGCCAUAUAUAGGAGUUGGUGGUAAUUUUCUGGGUAAUUGUAGUUUUCAUGUUACUUGAACACUGGGUUGUUGUCUCACUGACAACUCAGAAAUAAACAAAGGCAGAUAAUCUACCUACUAUGGAGCACAGCAGUCGGCAGAAGUCAAUCACCAUGAUUUGACACUUGAGAUCUAUCGCAUUAACCAUGAAAAAACCACUAAAUCACAUUCGCUUGAUGCCGAUUUCGGGGGAGAGAAGCGGGUGUUUGGCACGUUUGUUUGCCUGGGUGGAUUUAAUUACAUAUUUGCUGUCUGUUCAAUUUUUUUUUUAGUUCUUAUCACGCGUUCACUUGUUUACAAAACAUACAGGGCAAUCACAUAUCUACAAUCGUACUGAAAACUAAUGCCAAUUCUGUGUGAUGAACAUCCAAAUUGGAUGCAUCGAGAUCCAGAUUCCAGGACAUCGCCUCUCUCUGACUGUUGCAUGCUCUGAACGUACGUACAUAUAAAUAAAUAUAUAUAUACAUAUAUAAAUAUAUAAAUAUGAAUAAAUAUUAAAUGAAAGACUAUAUCCGUCCGUUUUUGUAUUAAAUGUAAGUCUGGGAACACUCUCAAUGUCUGAGUUUGACUGAAUGAGUCAUGUCAUAGCUGUCAGGCUCGUGAGGAGUGUAAAAUCUGUCAGGACUUUCCUUAAGCCUGAGCCACGUGAAAUACAGGUAGACAAUCCGCGAUGUACAGAACCAUUUCUACUUCUGACGUGUAUGCCGGCAUUGACUAUGGACACAGAUGUUUUUCCACCUCUUCAGAGCACAUUGAUCUGUUUUGGAACUACUAGAAUUCACAUGUUGUAAGUGGAUCAUGUAUAUUUUUUAAGUGUAUCCGGAGAUCGGAAGCUUACAUGCACGCGGCAACUUAAUCGAUUUACGUGGGGGGGGGGGGGGGAGAGAGACCCUUCAUUUCUUACAUAGUGACUUAUUUUGAGAAUAAACGAAUAUGAGAUUGUGCUGGCCAUGCCGGAGUAUUUUCUGACGGAGUUAAAACUGCCAGCGAGAAAUUGGGUCAUUCUGUCACUGCAAGCUUUGUUAAAAAAAAAAAAAAAAACAAAUGAAUAAAAUAUAUAAACAAAAAAUAGAUGUCUAAAAGAAUGAUCACAGUGCUAUGUUUGUAUGAUGCUUGAAGCAUCACAAACUGUCUUGCCGCUGGUUUGGGGGACACCAUUCCGCUGAAACCCAUCCAGUGUGAGCUCAGCACCUAUGUCAGUGUCAUGCAUAUUUAAUCAGCAGAAAGGUGUGCUUUCCGGCCUCCCAUAUUUCCAUGUGCGUUGGUGUCUAUGUUUUCCCUCCCCGUCUCCGAAUGUUUAUGUUGUGAUUUUCCUGUGUUUGGUUCACUUUCUUCCUCCUUUUUUAACUGUUUUCUGAUAUUUCAUCUUCAUUGUGUGCUGAUUGUUUCUUUUCCCUUCGUUAUCCAGUCCUGUACUGUAACGUGUAGCUCAAAAGCAUGUCUUUUUACUGCUGAUGUUUGGUUCAUGGCUUUCUGUCUGGUGGAUUUAUUAUAAAAGCUCUCUGUUUGCACUCAUUCUUUACAAGUGUAUGACAAUAAAAAAAUGCUUUCAUUUUGGA